UCUUUUUAAAGUCAAUUUAACGGAGGUCUGUUUGCUGCCUUCAAACCUUUGGAGAGGGCUUUGCCUUCAGGCAUGCUUACUAUGGGAGCACCUGCCAGUUCUAUCAUGAAAUGGCUGGUGUGGGGACUCCUGGCGAGCUCCUAUGCAGUUGCCCAGGUACAGAAUGAUCCCACUCUGGAUCAUCACUGGAAUCUCUGGAAGAAAACCUAUGGCAGACAAUACCAGGAAAAGAACGAGGAAGUAGCAAGGCGUCUUAUCUGGGAAAAGAAUCUAAAAUCUGUGAUGCUUCACAAUCUGGAAUACUCAAUGGGAAUGCAUUCAUAUGAUCUAGGCAUGAACCAUCUGGCAGACAUGACCAGUGAAGAAGUGUCAUCUUUGAUGAGUUCCCUGAGAGUUCCCAGCCAAUGGCAGGCAAAUGUCACUUACAAGUCAAAUUCUAAUCAGAAAUUGCCUGAUUCUGUGGACUGGAGAGAGAAGGGGUGUGUUACUGAAGUGAAAUACCAGGGUGCUUGUGGGGCUUGUUGGGCGUUCAGUGCUGUGGGGGCCCUGGAAGCACAGCUGAAGCUGAAAACAGGAAAUCUGGUGUCUCUGAGUGCACAGAACCUGGUAGAUUGCUCAACUGAAAGAUAUGGAAAUAAAGGCUGCAAUGGUGGCUUCAUGACAGAGGCUUUCCAGUAUAUCAUUGAUAACAACGGCAUCGAUUCGGAAGUUUCCUAUCCUUACAAAGCCAUGGAUGGAAACUGCAGGUAUGACUCAAAACAUCGAGCUGCUACAUGUUCAAAGUAUACUGAACUUCCCUUUGGCAGUGAAGAUGCCUUGAAAGAAGCUGUGGCCAAUAAAGGACCUGUGUCUGUUGCUAUUGAUGCGAAACACUCUUCUUUCUUCCUGUAUAAAAGUGGUGUCUACUAUGACCCAUCCUGUACUCAGAAUGUGAAUCAUGGUGUAUUAGUGGUUGGCUAUGGUAACCUUAAUGGAAGAGACUACUGGCUCGUGAAAAACAGCUGGGGCCUCAACUUUGGUGAGCAAGGAUAUAUUCGGAUGGCAAGAAACAGUGGAAAUCACUGUGGGAUUGCUAGUUAUCCCUCUUACCCAGAAAUCUAGAGGAUCUCUUCAUUUUAUAACAAGUCCGUAAAAUAUAACACUUUUUCUUAACUUAAUUUUACCUGCUAUAACCUGUAGAAAUAAGUGUGUCAUGACCAACGUACAUUUACUGUAUAAAUAGAAUAUGUAGUUUGACUAUUUUUUUAGCUUUGCAGAUAUUGGAAAAAUUUUGCUACACAAAUUAAUAAUGUACUGUCUGGGUGCGCCUGGGUGGCUCAGUGGGUUAAAGCCUCUGCCUUCAGCUCAGGUCAUGAUCCCAGCCAGGGGCCUGGGAUCAAGCCCCACAUUGGGCUCUCUGCUCAGCAGGGAGCCUGCUUCCCCUCCUCUCUCUGCCUGCCUCUGCCUACUUGUGAUCUCUGUCAAAUAAAUAAAUAAAAUCUUAAAAAAAUAAUGUACUAUCUGUACGAGAAUAGGUCAACCUAAGAAAUCUGUCAUGUUUGUUUUGCCACUGUCUUAUUUUACACGCUUUGUCUUUUUAGUUCCCUGGUAUUGUUUUGUAAUAUGAUGGCAUAUAAAGGCUGAAUAAAUAUCUCUUUUCAACUUUG